UUUCAUUAUUGUUUGGUGACAGUGUCGAUAAAAGUUUCUACUGGCAAUAAAAGAAAUAUAUUAAUUUUGCAAUUCAUUUAUAUUUUAAUAAUGUUUAUGUCAUUAGUUAUAUUGCUGAUAUAGGAUAUUUUCGUUUUUCUCAUUGUACAUAUUUAUAUCGACCGGCAGUUGCAUCUUAAUCCAAGUCUGGAAAAUGGAUAAAAAGAUCUCGUCAACUUCACAGCCACGCAUUUUAAAAAAGAAACAUUUCCGGGUGAAGCAUCAAAAAGUCAAACUUUUUCGAGCCAAUGAACCAAUUCUCAGUGUAUUCAUGUGGGGAAUAAAUCAUACUAUAAAUGAAUUAAGCCAUGUAAACAUACCAGUAAUGUUGCUGCCGGACGACUUUCGGGCGUAUUCGAAAAUCAAAGUUGAUAACCAUUUGUUUAAUAAAGAGAAUAUGCCGUCACACUUUAAAGUAAAGGAAUACUGUCCUCUUGUAUUCCGCAAUUUGCGUGAACGUUUCGGUGUCGAUGAUGUUGAUUAUCGUGAAUCAUUGACCAGAUCACAGCCUGUGCAAAUUGAUUCAUCCGGUAAAUCAGGAGCACAAUUUUAUCAAAGUUAUGAUAAAUUCUUUAUAAUUAAAAGUUUAAACUCGGAAGAAAUCGAACGCAUGCAUGCUUUUCUCAAACAUUAUCAUCCAUACGUUGUUGAAAGACAUGGAAAAACGCUUUUGCCCCAAUAUCUGGGCAUGUACCGGAUUACUGUGGAGAGCGUGCAAUACUAUUUUGUUGUUAUGCGCAAUAUAUUCAGCUCUCAGUUGACAAUACAUAAAAAAUUUGACUUGAAGGGCAGUACAGUUGAUAGAGAGGCUUCUGAAAAAGAGCUGGAGAAACAUUUGCCUACACUUAAAGACAAUGACUUCAUAAAACAAAAAGUCAAGUUGGAAAUUGGAGAUGAACCUAAGAAAAAAUUACUGGAUACUCUCAGCAACGAUAUUGAUCUUCUAAUAAAGCUGCACAUUAUGGAUUAUUCUUUGCUGGUUGGUAUACAUGACUGUGUGCGAGCUGAGGAAGAGGCUCUCCAUGGAGACAGCACUUUAGCAACUGGACGCAGUGAGAAUAGCGAAAGCGAAGAAUGCGAUAGUGGUGAACGCUGGACGUAUAACACACCACCCGAUUCGCCAAGAGGUGCGCAAUAUAAGGAAGUUGUUUAUGAAGUCGACAUCUAUGCUAUUCCAAGUAUUGAAGAAAGACGAGAAAUCUAUUUUAUUGCAAUAAUCGAUGUUCUCACACAAUAUGGAGUCAAGAAGCAGGCAGCAAAAGCAGCAAAGACAGUUAAAUACGGUAGUAAUGUUGAUGGAAUAUCGACAUGUGAUCCUGAACAAUAUGCCAAAAGAUUCCUGGAAUUUAUGGAUAAAGCUAUAGAAUAGAAAAUAUUUAAUUGUAUUUGCCACAUUUAAACUACACAUCAUGAAUAAAAUAAAUACAUAUGUCGUUGCAAUAUUUGAGUUUUAUAGUUACAAUAAUUUUUUCUUUUAUAUAGAAAUAUGUAUGUAAUUCAUUCAAAAUAUACUUAAAACAAAAGAAAGCUGAACCCGCUUUAUUCAAAAUAAUGUCAAUAUCAAUAACAUCUUUUACUAGUCAUGAAAAUUGGUUGGUGCUGCGUUUAGAAAACGCAAAUCUUAUUGUGGAAUAUUAAGUUGAUAAACAUAAAGACGAGUUGAAAGAUACAAAUAGUAGCAUUUUUCACCAUAUUUUGGUUCUAAGGUCACUGUGGAUUAAUUAGUAUAUCAUUUAAGAUGUUUUAAUUUUAAUUUUUUGGCAGUACUCUGCUUCUAUGAAAGAUAUUACAAAUCAUUUGAAUUCAGUCAGCACAAAUAUUUUUCGGUAGACAUAAAUUAAUACGUUCUCUUUUAUUGCAUGUUA